UGAGUUUGGAGCCGUUUUAACAAUACCGACUGUCAUCCUAUUUUUUAACCUUUCUACAUGUACAUGUCGCCAUGUACAUUUUAGGAGGCUCAAAUGAUAGAAUGCUGCCGUUUUUCGAUUAGUAUAUCAAGACGAAUAGCGAUAACGACAAGAACAAUGUCAUCCGUCGUGCAGAAAGAUUUUAUUGAAAGGUUGUUCAAGGGGGCAGCUUCCGGGUCCAUGGAUGAUGUCAGACUAUUCUUGAAGGGCACGUUUGACGUGAAUGUGAAGAACGAGCGGGGAUGGACGGCGCUAAUGUUUGCGGCCCGAAACGGUCACAUGGGUGUGGUCAAGGAGUUGCUUCAACAUGGAUGUGAUACCACAGUGAUCAACAGUACCGGACAGACGGCGCUGGACAUGGCACUAUUCUGGAACCACGCGGAUGUGGCCCGGAUCCUGCAGACCGACAGCCAUCAGGCGAACCCCGACGAUAACCCCCGGAACUACUUCUCCCUUAACCCGCUCAAUAGGUGCUCCGAAAAGCGCAAAGACAAAACCUGGCUGAGGAAUAAAGUACUUGCAGAUAAUACCAGGUUUAUUGCAUUCCACAAUCUAAGCGUCCUUGCUACUAAAUUACCAAAAGGGACAUCGUCACAGCGUUACGAAUUAGCGAGGGUCGAAAUGAAGGACAUAGAAUUGUACAUGGCUGCUAAUCCGGUAACAGUAUUUCUUGGAAUUGAACAAACAAAUAGGCAUACACCGUUGACGUUCGAGGAGCCAGGGUUGUUUGCUGUAGAUCUUUCUUUAGCGGAAGAAGACAAAGUUCUUUCCUUGAUGCCGGACAGUAUUUUAAUGCCCGGAUAUCCGGCAGCCAUGCAGCUUAGACCGGAAGAGGCGGGUAUAUAUGCGGAAGCGCGGUCAAUGUUGGCGUGGCACGACCGCUACCAGUUCUGUCCAACGUGCGGCUCGCCGUCGCGACUGGAGGAGGGCGGAUAUAAGCGGGUCUGUGAAGAUAUGGAGUGCCGGAGUCACAAUGGCGUUCAUAAUACAUGCUACCCGAGGACCGACCCGUCCGCCAUCAUGCUGGUCGUGUCACCAGAUGGCAAACGGUGUCUGCUAGGUAGGAGCAAGCGAUUUCCCGCCAAGAUGUUCUCGUGCCUUGCCGGCUUCAUGGAACCAGGUGAAACCAUAGAGGAUACAGUUCGCCGGGAAGUUGAAGAAGAGAGUGGGGUGAUUGUUGACCGGGUGGAAUAUCACUCGAGCCAACCCUGGCCCUUCCCCGCCAGUCUCAUGCUGGGCUGUAUAGCUUACGCCACCACAGACCACAUCAAGCUGGACGAGGAAGAGAUGGAGGAUGCGCGGUGGUUCAGCCGACCGGAAGUGGUUCAGAUGCUAACGCGGCAGCAUCCUCAGGGACUUUUUGUGCCGCCUGAACAGGCCGUCGCCCACCAGAUCAUCAAAACAUGGGUCCGGAGAACGGCUAACUUGUGAUACCAAUGUGUUAGUCAAUUAAAAGAGCAUGAAAGUUAUUAAAUGUGUAUUUAACUUUUAAUACUGCUGAGUAUUGUAAAUAUUAUUAUGUAAAUUAAAUGCUACAGAAAA